CUUUCUUACAGAAUCUCGAUUAUGCCUUGAUCAGUGUAUCUAUACGGACCGCUACCUAGGCAUGCCGUCUUCAUCAUCAAUAAUGGAAUUCUAUUGUUAUUCCCAUGUAUGAGUAAACCCUCUUUCUUCUUUCAACCUCACAUCCUCCCUCAUCAUACACAUCACCACAUCACAUCUCCAACAUCUACCUCUCUCUCACUACCAAUCCCUCUCCAAACAGCAACGGUGGCCUCGCCCCUGUCUCGCCUCCCACAUGCAAAAAAUCGACUGCUGGCAGCCACUCGGCGACGCGACGAAGGAUGUCCCUCGGGCCCCGCCGUUUGUGAAGAAAGGCGUCCAUCACUGCCACUGUGAUUCUCCUCUUGAGCGUCGCAUCGCCGGUCCAACAUCCAAGCGGCCCGAGAGCCCGUACUGGGGAUGUGCCAAGUGGCAACCCGAGGGCCAGCACGGAGCAUGCGACGCUUGGAUCUGGGAGGGAGACAUGGAUAAUGCUCAUCGGAAGUGGGAGAGAGAGAACGGAUCUGAGCCGUGCGUUACAAAGCGGUGA